AUGUGGUCUCAGUCCCUUAUCGCCCUGGCGGCUGCCACCUUCGCUGGCGAAACUCUUGCUGCUAGCAUCCAUCGCGGUCAUGAACACCAUCACGUUGGCAAGAGGGACAUGGUUACCCAAAUGGUGACCCGUACUGCCUGGACUACCGUCACCGUCACUCUUGGCCAGAGCGUCAACGCUGCUCCGACCGCCGUCGACAACAACACCAAGCUUACCAAGUCCCGUUCGCCCAGCUCUAGCACCGCCGUCGCUGCGCCGGCCGAGGCUAGUUCUGCCGCGCCCUCGAGCAACACCAUUGCUCACAACGUCAACGUUGUCGAUGCUGCUGCCAGCCCGUCUGCCACACAGAACAGCGCCCCUGCUGCGGCCCCCUCCACCACCACCACUGUAGAGUCGACUGAGGACCAGUCGAGUGGUCACCGCCUCCAGCGCGGUCUUGCCUACAACGACGGCAAGCUCCUCCAGGGCUUCCUUGGAAGUGGCUCCAAGGCCACGUGGGUUUACAACUGGGGUCAGGUGGACGAUUCUGGCACUGGUCUUGAGUUUGUCCCCAUGCUUUGGGGCGUUGACAAGGGUUUUCCCCAGUCCUGGGACGCCAAUGCCCAAAAGGCCAUUGACGCCGGCUCCAAGGCGUUUCUCAGCUUUAAUGAGCCUGACCUCAGCUCUCAGUCAAACAUGUCUCCGCAGGAUGCUGCUGCUAAUCACAUCAAGUAUAUGAACCCCUGGGCCGGAAAGGUUCGCAUCAGUUCUCCGUCCAUCACCAACUCUGACGAUCCGAACAUGGGUCUCAACUGGAUGCAGAAGUUCUUCGAUGCCUGUAACGGACAGUGCAAGGUGGAUUUCUUGGCCCUUCACAGCUAUGGAACUGACGGACCCACCGUCCUCAACCACCUUCUCGAUGCCUACAGCCGCUUCAAGAAGCCCGUCUGGGUCACCGAGCUUGGCUUUGACGGCGAUGACGACAAGAAGAACCAGGCUAUGGAAUACGUUCUUGAUCACUUGGAGAACAACUCUACCUUCUCGUUCGUGGAGAGGUUCACCUACUUCAUGGUUGCGGAGGGUGAGAUGUUGCGCAACUCGCAACUGACCACCUUCGCCAAGACUUUUGCCUAUGGUGCUUAA